AUGAUAGGAAGCGAGCCAAGCAAAUGUUACGAGUUAUGGGGACAACUAUACAAUUAUAUGGCUAAAGUAAGAAAUAAUGACGACGAUGAUGAUGACAAUGAUAACGAUAAUGACGAUGAUUACAAUGAUAACGAUAAUAAUGAUGGCUAUAAUGAUGAUGGUGAUGAUGACGCUGACGAUGAUAAUGAUGACAGUGAUGAUGAUAGUGACGAUGAUAGUGAUGAUGAUGUGGUGGGAAAUUACAGAUUACGCUGUGAUGCUUCAUUCAAGUAA